AUGAUACCGCAGCAAUGGACGCCGCCGUGUGGGAGUGAAUGCACGCAUAAGUUUGCAGCUCUUACGCAGAUUCCAUGGAGAGUGUUCUGCAAAAAGGGAUGUGAUGCCGAUAGUGACUCAUGGGAAGAUUGUGUAUCAAGUUGCAGUGAGAUAUGCUACAAAGACCCUGUUCUAAAAGACCGACAAUGGAGUGCUUAUAUAGAUCGUUCUCCUGGAGCUGCCAGCUACUCUGAAGAAUGCUUCCACGCAUGUGUCGCAGGCUGUGGUUACAAGUUUGAAGUUGAAUCAGAGGAAGUCAAGAAGGUGAAACCAAAAAGACCACCACCGCCACCACCAAAGCCACAACCACCACCACGAGCUAAAAGACCAAUGCAGCCUCCUUCUGAUGAGGAUGUUCCCGCAAGUUCUGCUUGA